AUGCGUUUUGAAUUAACUGAAGAGCUGAGAAAUUUUCAGGCAGAAAUAGAAGAAUUUCUUGCCAGGGAGCUGCCUGGGGAUCUGGCCGAAAAAGUGCGUUGUGGUGCAGGGGUUACGAAAGCGGAACUGGCUGGCUGGACGCGUACGUUGAAUGCCAGAGGCUGGGCUGCGCCAAACUGGCCGGUGGCGGAUGGGGGUACGGGUUGGAACCUGAUGCAGCGUCACAUCUUUGAUGUGGCAUGUCGAGGCGCACAUGCCCCGCAGUUAUCCGGGUUUGGUUUCAACAUGGUCGGGCCGGCGAUUGCCAAGUACGGAUCCCAGGCGCAAAGAGAAUACUUUCUACCUAAAAUCCUUAAUGCAGAUUUAUGGUUCUGUCAGGGUUACUCCGAACCCCAGGCGGGCUCGGAUCUGGCCAGUUUGAAUACCCGUGCAGAUCGUGAGGGUGAUGAAUAUGUUGUUAAUGGUCAGAAGAUCUGGACCUCGGCGGCGGAGGACGCAGACUGGAUCUUUGCGCUGGUCCGAACCAAUUUCGAUGUGCAGCAGCAGAAAGGUAUCAGCUUCCUGUUGAUGGAUAUGGAUGACCCUGGCGUGACGGUCAAGCCACUCUAUGCGUUUAACGGCAAACGUUUGUGGAAUCAGGUUUUCUUUGACAACGUUCGUGUGCCUGUCAGUCAGCGCCUGGGUGAAGAGAAUCGCGGUUGGACCGUGGCCAAAAGCCUGCUGGGCGAUGAGCGUCUGCUGGUUUCAAGGGUUGCUGAAAACAAGCGAAUUCUGAGCGUCGUCAAAGAAACGUUGGAUCAACAGCUGGCCAUGGGCCAGACACUGCCGGAAGCCCUUGCUGGUGAAAUCAGCGAACUUGAAAUACGUUUGCACGCGCUGGAAAUGACCAGUCUCAGAAUUCUCACCCAGGCAGAUGCUGGUGGGCAGAUUGGCGCGGAGCCUUCCAUGCUGAAGCUCAAAGGCAGCCAGUUGGUGCAGGAUCAGGAUGAGUUGUUAUUCCGCCUGAUUGACUAUCUGGCAUUACCCACCGAUCGCAAAAAUGCGCCUCGAGAAGCCAUCGGUCCAGAUCUUUCUGAAUACGUUGCUUCAGGUCGUUAUCACCAUCGAGGGUAUACCAUUGCGGGUGGUUCCUCUGAGGUGCAGCACAAUAUUAUUGCUAAGCAGGUGCUGGGUCUAUAA